GGGUGGCUGGGGUGGAGUAUCCCUCCGCCUCCCAAUCUCUGCUGGAUCCCGGAUCGCUGUAUCUGGCACACAGACUUGGGAGCUGUGGCUCUGGACAUCCUACAGGGAAUCUUCCUUGGGAUUUCUCACCUCCUGGCUUUUGGGAAGCACUUGUGUCCCCAUUCACCCCUUCAGCUCCACUGGUUCUCCCCUCCCAUUGCCCUUAUUUCAGGCAGGUGAUCAUUAAACCCACUCCCCCCCCCCAGCUUUUGUUUUGGUGAAUGUGCAGCAAUAGGGGACCAUCCUUCACCUCCAGUCAUGGACAGAGACCUGUGAAGAUCGUCCCCAUGCCGGAUUUGGGAUAAAGCCCCUGCUUCUUCCUUUGCAAAGCAGCUGGAAAAGUCCUGAACUCUUUUUUUCUCCUUCAGUUGAAUUCUUUCUUCUCCCUGCUGCUCUGGGGGGGACUGAACUGCAUUUGGCACUGAGUGGCAUGGAUAUUGCAACAGGUCCCGAGUCAUUGGAGCGCUGCUUCACCAGGGGCCCCAGCGACUGUGCCAAGAUGCUGGACAGUAUUAAAAUGGAAGAUCACCCCCUACGCACUGGCACUGCCACCUUAGGAGUUCUGCUCGGGUCGGAGUGCCAGCACCAGGCUGUAUGUGAGGGCUGCCAGCGACCCAUCUCAGACCGGUUCCUGAUGAGAGUCAAUGAGGCUUCCUGGCAUGAGGAGUGCUUGCAGUGCACUGUGUGUCAGCAGCCCCUCACCACCAGCUGCUACUUCAGGGACAGAAAGCUCUUCUGCAAGCAAGACUACCAACAACUUUUUGCUGCGAAAUGCAGUGGGUGCAUGGAGAAGAUCGCUCCUACGGAGUUUGUGAUGCGUGCCCUGGAAUGUGUAUACCAUCUAAGCUGCUUCUGCUGCUGUGUAUGCGAGCGACAGCUCAGGAAGGGGGACGAGUUUGUACUCAAGGAAGGACAAUUGCUGUGCAAAAGUGACUACGAGAAGGAGAAAGAUCUGCUGAGCUCUGGAAGUCCGGAUGACUCCGAUUCUGUAAAAAGUGAUGAUGAAGAGGGUGAUGUGAAGCCAGGGAAAUGCCAUGUUAAUCAGGGAAAGGGCAGCGAUGAUGGAAAAGACCCAAGGAGACCAAAGCGGCCUAGGACAAUCCUCACAACCCAACAAAGAAGGGCGUUUAAAGCAUCUUUUGAGGUGUCGUCUAAACCAUGUAGGAAGGUCAGAGAGACAUUAGCUGCUGAAACAGGACUUAGUGUCAGAGUGGUCCAGGUGUGGUUCCAGAACCAAAGAGCCAAGAUGAAGAAAUUAGCACGAAGGCAUCAACAGCAGCAGGAACAGCAGAAUUCCCAAAGGCUUGGCCAAGAGGUCAUGUCCAGCCGCAUGGAGGGGAUGAUGACCUCAUAUGCCCCACUGGCACCUCCUCAGCAACAGAUCGUCACGAUGGAUCAGAACAGCUACAGCACAGACCCCUUCCAGCAAGGACUCACACCUCCACAAAUGCCAGGUGACCACAUGAAUCCUUAUGGCAACGACACCAUAUUCCACGACAUUGACAGUGAUACCUCGUUAACAAGCCUCAGUGAUUGCUUUUUGGCAUCUUCAGAGGUCACCUCAAUGCAAGCCAGGGUGGGGAAUCCCAUUGACCGACUGUACUCAAUGCAGAGUUCCUACUUUGCCUCAUGAGAAUUCCCUUUAUUUUCCCCACCCCAACCGUCAACAACAACAAUACAAAAAAAAACCCCAAAAUGGACCCUCAGAGGCUAUUAACAGCCAUAUCAGCACAUUUGUCCUUCCCAGAAUUCACGCCGGUGAGCAAAUGUACGCAAGCAACAGAAGCAGCCACGCCGAUACUUGCUGGAGCCACCAAGAGUAUAAAGGAAAAAGCAUGAGGAAGAGAUAUGAACUUUAGUUUCUUUUCAAAAGCAAAACCCACUAUUGUAUUAAAACUGUAAAAAAAGAAACCUACAGUAUUUGUAUAGAAUUGUGUAAAAACUAGAUCCCCCCCCUCACUAGAAUAAUCCAGAUCCCAAGCCACUUCCUUGUCUCCUCUGCAUGAAUGUCACCGUGAUGUGGAAUUAACAAAAUUUGAACUGUGAGAAGUUAUUGUAAAUUUUGAUGUUUAAUCUAUUUUAUUUUUUUCUUCCUAUAUUUUUUUUUUUUGUUUAUUUGAUUUUCUCCAUAGACCAGAAGGUUAGUUUUUAGCCACUAUAUCCUACAAGAAGCCAAUGAUUGGUGAAAAUCAUUGCAACACAGGAAGGACUGCAUGUUUUCUGGAGAGAGAGAUCCAUUUCUUUAUUUUAUUUUAUUUUUUUUUUUUUUUUUAAAUUAAUGGUCUUCUGUUCCAUAAGGUGCUUUACAGAUGAAAAAAGGAAAAAAAAAACAGAAACAAAACAAACAAAAAUCUUAAUUUAAUAAAACGUACAAUGUUAACAA